AUGCCGCAGCGAGGACUCUGCUCCUGCCUCCCUUGCUUUGCACUGCCAGGACACCCACUCCUCCCAGCCCAGGGCCACAGCAUUGCCCCAGUCCUGCUAGCAGUGACCCUGCUCCUGCCUCCUAAUUUUGGCAGUCGAAGCCUUGUUACAGGAGAAGUCCUCUGCACAGCAGAGGCAGCCACGCACAACUUCAUGGAAUGCUGUUCCAUGUCAGGCAGCCCGGGUUUGAACCUUAGCCCUGCCCAUUUCCUCCAGUGCAGCCUUUCCUGGUCACUUCCCUCUCCUGAACCUCAGAGUCCUCAUCUGUCAAGUGGCGAUGAUGAUGUUUUCCAGGUUGUCACAAGAACCAGUGACCUCAUGUGUAUGGAGCUCAGUGCCUGGAAGUGUAGAGUAAUUUGUUGGCUAUUUGGUGGUGCAGUCAGGAAUCUUGGAAGCCCAGGACGUGUAGCUAAGUGGCUUCAGUCACUCCAGGAGCAGAGAUACACUGGGACGAUGGCAAUGACUGAGAGGGGCCAUGGGAGGAACGUGAGAGGGCUCCAGACCAAAGCCACUUUUGACCUGUCUGCACAGGAGUGUGUGAUCCACACACUGUGUGAAGACUCUGAGAUGUACACCAGAAAUGCCAUGUAUGGAAGCUACACCAUGGUCUUCACCUAGCUCAUUGUACAUGGAAGGUCUCAAGGGUCCCACUGCUUCAUCGCUCCUGUCUGCAAUGAAAAUGGAAGCUUGUACCCAGGAGUGACUAUGGUUGAUAUGACGUACAAAGAAGGUCUGCAUGGUGUGGUUAAUGGGAUUUUAAUAUUUGACAAGGUUCAGGUACCAGGGGACCACCUGCUGGAUAAGUUCAGUUCCAUGGCUCCAGAUGGGCAGUGCCAUUCCCCUACUAAGAACAAGAAUGCAAGAUUCAGUGUGAUGCUGGCAGCACUGACCCCUUUGAGACUGGCUAUGACUUUCCAGGCUGUAGGCACCAUGCAGCUAGGCUGAACUAUUAAAAUGAGAGGGUCACAUUCUGGAAGGAGAUUUGGACCCAAAGAGAAGGAAGAGGUCAAGAUCACUGAUUACCAAAUGCAGAGCCUUCAGCUGAUGCCUAACCUGGCCACAACCUUGGCCCUGAUCUUCACCAGAAGGCCAGGUUAUCUGGUGGAAAACGGAAUCUCAUACUUAAAAUGUGACACGGAUGUGUUUGUAACUUUUGAAGGUGACAAUGUUGUUAGGCUGCAGGUUACGAUGCUGGAACUGCUGGCUCAAUACACCGAGCAGUAUGAAGAAGGGCCACUUGUUAGCCUGCUCCGAAGCUGGGCUGGGUCUCUGGGCAACAAGCUCAGAACCAGUUUCCUGGCAUUUAACAUGGACACAGUUGAACUCACCUUUCUGUUGAAAGCAGUGAAUUUUCGUGAAAGUGUUCUUCAUCGGGGUUUGUUGGCCAGAACACACUAUAAGGUGGUGACCAAGAAGGAGGACUUCUUCAGUGCCUGGAACUCAUGUCUGUGUCAUGGCGCCUGCCUGUCUCCAGCACACAUUCACAGGGUUACUUUGGAGCAGCGCUCCCUGGCAGUGAGGCAUUGUCCUGAAGAGGACCAGGCUCUGUUAAUGAAAUUCUGCCUGUUGUAUGGAACCAAGCUGGUGUUCCAGGAGUGAGCCUGGCACCUAGAAUGUAAACAUUUGACUUCCACAGCGGGCACAAGGUUUAGGAGUCAGAGUGAUAAAAAUAUCCAGCUGGACAGAAGUGGCGAGUCACACGCCCACGUGGAUGCGCGAUUCCACAUCCUCACACUCUGCCCCCAGGUGUCCGUGCUCACGGACGGAUUCACGAAAUUCGACCUCUGGGUAUACAGGUGCUCCGGGGUGGGCAUCCAGACGCUGAGAGUGAGCCAGCAUAAGACCUAUUCCUCUGUGUCGUAUUUUGCAGUGCUGAAUUUCUGUGACUCGGUGAAGGAUGAUGCCCUGAGGGUUAUCUCUGUCUUUAACACUCUGCAUACAUACCCGCAGGCGCCAGUCGCUGGAAUCACCAACCCACUGGCCACCUGGGCCUUCUACCCCGCGCCGCGGCAGCCCCCAGCCCAGGAAGGGGCACACUCUCCCAACCCUGAAGCCAAGUUGUAG